AUGGCAGGCACAUACACCCCAGCCCCCGGAGGGCCCUUCUCCGCACUGACGCCCAGCAUGUGGCCCCAGGACAUUUUAGCCAAGUACCACCAGAAAGAGCGUUCAGAGCAGCCUGAGGUCCAGUAUGACGAGUUUGGCUUCAGAGUGGACAUUGAAGAAGGCGUAGAGGCCCAGAGCUUCAUGAGCAGUGAGGGCUCUCCGCAGCGGGAGGACCCCCAGCAGAGGCUGCGGUGGCAGGCCCACCUGGAGUUCACCCACAACCACACAGUGGGAGACCUGACCUGGGACCUGAUCUCCCCCAGCCUGCCCCGCUCCGACAGGCUGCGCACACUGGUGCUGGGGGGGAUUCCUCACAGCAUGAGGCCACAGCUGUGGAUGCGUCUGUCGGGAGCGCUGCAGAAGAAGAGAACCUCAGAGAUUUCCUACAGAGAAAUCACAAAGAACAGCUCCAACGACGACUGCUCCACCUCCAAACAGAUCGAGAAGGACCUGCUGCGGACCAUGCCGUCGAACGCCUGCUUUAACAACAUGAGCAGCGUGGGGGUCCCCAGGCUGAGGCGGGUUCUCAGGGGCCUCGCCUGGCUCUACCCUGAUAUCGGCUACUGCCAGGGCACGGGCAUGGUGGUGUCGUGUCUGCUGCUGUUCGUGGAGGAGGAGGACGUGAUGUGGAUGAUGUGUGCGCUGAUAGAGGACCUCCUCCCUCCUGCGUACUUCUCCUCCUCUCUGCUGGGGGUGCAGACGGACCAGAGGGUGCUCCGCCAGCUCCUGGUGCAGUACCUGCCGGCGCUGGACCGCCUGCUGCAGGACCACGACAUCGAGCUGUCUCUGAUCACGCUGCACUGGUUCCUCACCUCCUUCGCCAGCGUGGUGGACAUCCGGAUGCUGCUCAGGAUCUGGGACCUGCUCUUCUACCAGGGCUCUCUGGUUCUGUUCCAGAUCACUCUGGGCAUGCUCAAGAUCAAGGAGGCCGAGCUGGUGGCGUCGGAGAACUCUGCGUCCAUCUUCAACACGCUGUCAGACCUGCCCCUGCAGCUGCGUGAGGCGGCCGCUCUGCUGGGGGAGUCCAUGAGGCUGGCGGGGGGGCUGUCCCAGGACACGCUGGAGGCUCACAGGCACAAACACCUGGCCUACAUCCUGAACGAACAGAACCAGCUCAGCAACGGCAACACGGGCCUCAGCAGCGGCAUCAACAAGGUGGUCAGGAGGCAGUCGCUGCGCAGGAAGUCCACUCUGAGCUCGCUGCUGUUCGGAGACGACGAGGCGGACGCUCUCAAGUCCAAGAACAUCAAACAGACCGAGCUGGUGGCCGCGCUCCGGGACGCCAUCACCCGCACGGCACGGCACUUCCACUGCCUGGACCCCCGCCACAGCAGCACGGACCUGACUCCAGACUACUCCAUGGAGAGCCACCAGCGAGACCACGAGAACUUCCUGAUGGUGUCCAGGAACCGGAGGAGGCGGGCUAAAGCGCUGCUGGACUUUGAGCGCCAUGACGACGACGAGCUGGGAUUCAGGAAGAACGACAUCAUCACCAUCGUGUCUCAGAAGGAUGAGCACUGUUGGGUGGGAGAGCUCAACGGACUCCGAGGGUGGUUUCCUGCUAAGUUUGUGGAAAUCCUGGAUGAGAGAAGCAAAGAGUACUGUCUCGCGGGGGACGACUCGGUCACUGAGGCCGUCACAGACCUGGUGCGGGGGACUUUGUGUCCAGCGCUCAAGGCCAUCUUCCACCACGGCCUGAAGAAGCCGUCCAUCCUGGGAGGACCGUGCCACCCCUGGCUGUUCAUCGAGGAGGCCGCGAGCAGAGAAGUGGAGAGGGACUUCAACUCUGUGUACUCCAGACUGGUGCUGUGUAAGACCUACAGGUUGGAUGAAGAUGGAAAAGUUCUAACCCCAGAGGAGCUGUUGUAUCGAGCCGUGCAGUGUGUGAACAUGAGCCACGACUCUGCACACGCUCAGAUGGACGUCAAGUUCAGGUCCCUGAUCUGCGUCGGCCUCAAUGAGCAGGUGCUGCACCUGUGGCUGGAGGUGCUGUGCUCCAGUAUGGCUGUGGUGGAGAAGUGGUACCAGCCCUGGUCCUUCCUGCGGAGUCCAGGCUGGGUCCAGAUCAAGUGUGAGCUCAGGGUCUUAUCAAAGUUUGCCUUCAGUCUGUCCCAGGACUGUGAGCUCCCCGACAAGGGAGAGGAGAAGGAGCAGAGGCCUCUGAAAGAAGGAGUGCAGGACAUGUUGGUCAAGCACCAUCUGUUCAGUUGGGACAUCGACGGUUAA